GUCAGUGUCGUUUUAGGAGUAUGCCGGUCAAGUAGUGAAAACUGUUUUUCCCUCUUCUGAAAAUUGCUCAAAAUUUUGGGUGCGGAUCUUCGAGAAAAAUCGCUCGAUCGAAAUGGUCACUGAAAAUGGACAGUCUGACGGAAAUACGUCAUUUUUGCGAGCUGCCCGUAAUGGCCACAUAGACAAAGUUCUGGAACACCUGAAAUCGAAUAUCGACAUCAAUACCAGCAACGCAAAUGGCCUCAACGCCCUGCACCUCGCCUCCAAAGAUGGUCACGUGGACAUCGUGGAGCAGCUGCUCAAGCGUGGCGCGAUCGUCGACGCUGCCACGAAGAAAGGCAACACCGCGCUGCACAUCGCGUCGCUGGCCGGCCAGGAAGAGGUGGUCAGACUGCUGGUGCAGCACCACGCCUCGGUCAACGUGCAGAGCCAGAACGGCUUCACGCCCCUGUAUAUGGCCGCCCAGGAGAACCACGACAACGUCGUCAGGUACCUGCUGGCGAACGGGGCUAACCAGAGUCUCUCCACAGAGGAUGGGUUUACCCCACUUGCGGUGGCAAUGCAGCAAGGACAUGAUAAAGUAGUGACAGUAUUACUAGAAAACGACACUAGAGGCAAAAUCAGACUUCCAGCUCUACACAUCGCUGCCAAGAAGGACGACGUCAAGGCAGCCAAGCUCCUACUAGAGAAUGAACACAACCCAGACGUUACUUCGAAAUCAGGCUUCACUCCACUCCACAUAGCCUCACACUACGGCAACCAGCAAAUCGCCAACCUGCUAGUACAGAAAGGAGCCGACGUUAAUUAUUCAGCAAAACACAACAUCACUCCCCUACACGUGGCUGCCAAAUGGGGGAAAGCCAAUAUGGUAGCACUGCUUUUAGAGCACGGAGCUACCAUAGAAGCCAAAACCAGGGACGGCCUAACGCCACUACACUGUGCUGCCAGAUCUGGUCACGAACAGGUGGUUGACAUGUUACUGGAGAGAGGAGCACCCAUCAGUUCCAAGACCAAGAAUGGUCUCGCCCCACUACACAUGGCUGCCCAGGGAGACCAUGUGGAUGCAGCUCGCAUACUCCUCUACCAUCGGGCGCCUGUCGAUGAGGUCACUGUGGACUAUUUGACAGCCCUUCAUGUAGCUGCCCAUUGUGGGCAUGCUCGCGUUGCAAAGCUGCUCCUGGACAGACAGGCAGACGCGAAUGCUAGAGCUUUGAAUGGCUUCACGCCGUUACAUAUAGCUUGCAAAAAGAACAGGAUAAAAGUGGUGGAGUUAUUGCUCAAACACGGAGCCAGUAUCGGAGCGACGACUGAAAGUGGACUGACUCCACUGCACGUAGCCAGCUUCAUGGGUUGCAUGAACAUCGUCAUAUACCUUCUCCAACACGAUGCCAAUCCAGACGUACCGACUGUUAGAGGAGAAACUCCAUUACAUCUAGCUGCCAGAGCGAAUCAGACCGACAUCAUAAGGAUUUUGCUUCGAAACGGUGCUCAGGUUGAUGCUAGAGCGAGAGAACAGCAAACGCCUCUUCAUAUAGCUUCCCGCCUAGGCAAUGUCGAUAUAGUUAUGCUUCUGCUUCAGCAUGGUGCCAAAGUGGAUAACACUACCAAAGACAUGUAUACAGCUCUGCAUAUAGCUGCCAAAGAAGGUCAAGACGAGGUCGCUGCAGUUCUAUUAGACAACGGUGCUUCGCUAGAUGCCACUACGAAAAAAGGCUUCACUCCACUUCAUCUAGCCGCUAAGUACGGACAUCUCAAGGUGGCUAAGCUUCUUCUCCAAAAAGAAGCACCAGUUGAUGCUCAGGGCAAGAACGGAGUGACUCCAUUACAUGUAGCUUCCCAUUAUGAUCACCAAAACGUAGCUCUACUACUACUGGACAAAGGUGCUUCUCCACACGCUAUAGCCAAAAAUGGCCACACUCCCCUCCACAUAGCUGGAAGAAAAAAUCAAAUGGACAUUGCAAAUACCCUCCUGGAGUAUGGAGCGCAGCCGAAUGCAGAAAGUAAAGCUGGGUUCACACCUUUACACCUCAGCGCUCAAGAAGGCCACGGAGAAAUGUCAGCUCUGCUUCUGGAGCAUAAAGCAGAUGCCAACCAUGAAGCGAAGAAUGGUCUUACACCGUUGCACCUUUGUGCCCAAGAGGAUCGAGUACCUGUGGCUGAGGUCCUGGUGAAGAACGGGGCUGAGGUCAAUGCCCCCACUAAAGGGGGCUACACGCCUUUGCAUAUAGCCAGCCACUACGGCCAGACCAGCAUGGUGAGGUUCCUUUUGCAGAACGGUGCUAACAUUGAAUCGACGACGUCUCUGAAGUAUACGCCCCUUCAUCAGGCAGCGCAGCAGGGUCACGCGAAUAUAGUCAAUAUAUUGUUGGAGAAUAAUGCCGAUCCGAAUGCUGUCACGAUGACCGGUCAAACUCCGCUGAAUAUAGCUCAGAAACUGGGCUACAUCACCGUGAUAGAGACCUUGAAGGUGGUGACCACAGUGACAACGAUCACCACCACUACCACCACCAACAUCGAAGAGAAAUACAGGGUGCAAGCACCCGAACUCAUGCACGAAACUUUCAUGUCGGAUUCUGAAGAAGAAGGCGAAGACACUGUCCUGGGCGACCAAACCUACAGGUACCUCACAGCUGACGAAAUGAAGUCUUUGGGGGACGAUUCCCUGCCUAUAGACGUCACGAGGGACGAGAGGAUAGACUCGAACAGAAUGGCGACAAGCGGGGAUAGCAAUAUGCUGCCUCCGCAGCAUAUAGAAGAUAGCAUCAGCCCCGAGCACGUGCACCAGAAUUAUACGGAGUACAUCAAGAAGUACGCGCCAGACAAUGUGGACAUCGCCAGACAUCCGAUCAAUAUUGGGAAACUUCACUGGAAAAACUUCCUAGUGUCCUUUUUGGUGGACGCCAGAGGCGGAGCAAUGCGUGGAUGCCGGCACUCGGGCGUGCGCGUUAUAGUGCCUCCCCGGUGCGCUCCCAGUCCCACGCGCAUCACGUGUCGGUACGUGAGGCCGCAGAGAACCCCCCAUCCGCCUCCCCUGAUGGAGGGGGAGGCACUGGCAAGCCGGGUGCUCGAGUUGGGUCCCGUGGGGGCCAAAUUUCUGGGGCCAGUUAUCAUCGAAGUUCCCCAUUUCGCAGCCCUGCGAGGGAAAGAAAGAGAAAUUGUUAUACUCAGAUCGGAUAACGGCGAAUCAUGGAAAGAACACACUGUAGAUUCCGUCGAAGAAGUCCUAAAUGAAGUGCUCCAUGACAGCUUCGAUGCUGAAGAUCUGAACCAGAUGGAGGACGUAGCCACAGGCAGGAUCACCAGGAUAGUCACCCAGGACUUCCCCCAGUACUUCGCCGUAGUAUCCAGAGUCCGCCAAGAAGUCCAUGCCAUCGGUCCAGAAGGCGGCAUGGUGUCCAGCACGGUAGUGCCUCAAGUACAAGCAGUUUUCCCUGAAGGAGCACUCACCAAGAAGAUCAAGGUCGGACUGCAGGCUCAGCCAAUCGACCCUGAGCUGACGGCCAAACUGCUAGGGCACAGCGUUGCCGUGUCUCCAGUAGUCACAGUCGAGCCGAGAAGAAGAAAGUUCCACAAAGCUAUCACCCUGAGUAUGCCGGCACCCAGAGCGCACUCGCAAGGGAUGAUCAACCAGUAUUCGGGGUCUGCGCCUACCCUUAGGCUGCUGUGCUCCAUAACAGGUGGUACAACAAGAGCACAAUGGGAAGAUGUCACUGGUUCAACACCUCUCACCUUCGUCAACGAUUGUGUUUCCUUCACCACCACAGUAUCGGCUAGAUUUUGGCUCAUGGACUGUCGAAAUAUCUCAGACGCCACCAAAAUGGCAACAGAACUAUACAAGGAAGCCAUACAUGUGCCAUUCAUGGCCAAAUUCGUGGUGUUCGCGAAGCGAGUGGACCCUCUAGAAGCGCGCCUACGCGUUUUCUGCAUGACAGAUGACAAGGAGGACAAAACGCUGGAACAUCAAGAGCACUUCACUGAGGUGGCGAAAAGCAGAGACGUGGAGGUGUUGGAGGGGAAGCAGCAGUACGUGGAGUUCGCCGGGAAUCUGGUACCGGUGACGAAGAGUGGGGAGCAAUUGACGUUCUCUUUCAGAGCGUUCAGGGAGAAUCGGCUGCCGUUCAGCGUUCGAGUUAAAGACCAGCACGCCGAAGCGGUCAGCAGGUGUCUCUUCAUGAAGGAGUCCAAAGUACCUAAGGGAGACCAGCCACAGCAACCCAUCUGCAUUCUCAACAUCGUUCUACCUGACGACAUCGUCACCGAUACCAUAUCGCUGAGCGACCUUGACAGUAAAAGCACUCUCCUUUCGGAGAAUUUCGACUACUACCGACCCGAUCCGAGAUUGGCCGAUAUGAGCAACCUGUUGGGCGAUCAUUGGGUACCCCUGGCCAAUCAGCUGGGCCUCACACCCUCCGAGAUAAACGUCAUCAAGUCCGAGUAUCCAGACAGCGUCGCCAAACAAGCACAAAGCAUGUUGAGGAUGUGGUUGUCGCAGUCUGGUAAUAAGGCUAAAACGAAUACUCUCGAGAACGCCUUGAGAAGGAUAGGAAGAGAAGAUAUAAUACCCCAGUGCCUGAAUGUCGACCAAGGUAGUCGAACGAUAACUAGGAUAAAACACGAGGAGAUAGGAAAAUACAGACUGAAAAAAGAAAAAGAUGUAGAUAGUUUAGAUAAAGGUGCUGUGACGGAAGAUGUAGCAUUGAGAUUGAUAGCAGAUAGGCAAGAGGGCAAGAAGAAGUUAGAAUCGUACGACAAAUACUCAGCCGAAGAAAAGGUAGUAGAAAAAUCUGACGAAGAAGAAGAGGAAACCUUCGAAAAACCAGUAGCAGAGCGUCGAGAAAAAAUAGAAAAACGCCUAUCUUCGGACAGAACAAUCCCCGCCUCAACACAACGACGAGAAAUCGUCCAAGAAAUCACCACGAUCAAACAACAGAGCCUGGUGGAGGACAAAAUCGCCGAGGUGCAGCAAAAAGUUAAAACCACCGAGGAGCAAACGAAAACCACUUUGGUCAAAACGGUGGCGCCCGAGGCGAAAACGGUUUCGCCCGACGCCAAAACGGUUUCGCCCGACUUCACAAAAACGGUUUCGCGCACGGUAGAGAUAAAAACCACUUUGCCAUCCGACUCGAGAGUGCGCGACUCCGAAGUGACACGCAUCAGUCACAAGACCGCCGAAGACGCCGAACUGCUUGAAGGAGUCACACAGAGCCUGGAGAAGAGCAGGGUCAUGACGAAGUUGAUCGCAGAAGAAGAUCCCAAAUCACCGAUGUUCUCCAAAACACCACCUCCAAGCCCCGCAGAUUUCCUGAUACGAACAGAACAAGGAACCACAAUACAC